GUUGUUGCUUAGUGCCACGUUGAUGGAGACCAGUGGGGACGUGGAAAUCUGUCUUGAGUCGGCAGCCGGGACCCGGUAGCCUCUUCUUCUGUUUUUACAACCGUUAAUCCUCCAGAGCAGAACCGAAACGGGGAACUUGAGCGCGCGGAGGCGGUUUGUGUUUGUCGUCAGUUUUAUGUGUGUUCACGUGAGAAGGAGAAAAGAAAAGGAAGGAUGAAACUCAAAGAGAUCAACCGCACAGCCAUCCAGAGCUGGAGUCCUGCGCAGCACCACCCCAUCUACCUUGCGACAGGAACAUCAGCCCAGCAGCUGGAUGCCUCCUUCAGCACCAGUGCCUCCCUGGAGUUUUUCCAGCUGGACUUGACUGAUCCGUCUCUGGACAUGAAGUCAUGUGGCAGCUUCUCCUCCUCUCACAGAUACCACAAACUGGUCUGGGGUCCGUACGGAAUGGACGGCGGAGCUCACCCGUCCGGCGUUCUCAUCGCAGGAGGCGAGAACGGCAACGUCAUCUUGUACGACCCCGCAAAGAUCAUGGCCGGACAGAGCGAUGUGAUCAUUGCUGAGAGCGAGAAGCACACGGGUCCGGUGAGAGCUCUCGACGUCAACCCGUUCCAGACAAACCUGGUUGCAUCAGGUGGGAAUGAGUCUGAAAUCUAUAUCUGGGAUAUGAAUAACUUCGGCUCUCCAAUGGCACCAGGACCCAAAACACAGCCUCUGGAGGACAUCAGCUGCGUGUCGUGGAACCGACAGGUCCAACACAUCCUGGCCUCUGCCAGCCCGAGUGGCCGGGCCUCAGUGUGGGACCUCCGCAAGAACGACCUCAUCAUUAAAGUCAGCGACCACAGCAACAGAAUGCAUUGCUCGGGGCUGGCCUGGAACCCAGAAGUUGCCACUCAGCUGGUCGUGGCCUCGGAGGACGACCGGCUGCCGGUCAUCCAGAUGUGGGACUUACGUUUUGCUACCUCUCCUCUGAAGAUUUUAGAGAAUCACACACGGGGUGUCCUGGCCAUCGCCUGGAGCUUGGCUGAUCCUGAGCUGCUGCUGAGCUGCGGGAAGGACAGCAGGAUCCUGUGCUGGAAUCCAAACACAGGAGAGGUGUUGUACGAGUUGCCCACCAGCAGUCAGUGGUGCUUUGACAUCCAGUGGUGCCCCAGGAACCCCGCGGUGCUGUCGGCUGCAGGCUUCGACGGACACAUUGAUAUCUACUCCAUCAUGGGAGGCAGCAACCAGGCGCAGAGCCAGAGACACGCCGACCAGAUCAGUACCUCGUUUGGGAACAUGGAUCCUUUUGGGACGGGGCAGACUUUGCCCCCGCUGCAGCUUCCCCAGACAACCGCCCCUCGAGCCACAGUCACCCCGCUGAAGAAGCCUCCGAAGUGGAUCCGCCGACCCGUCGGAGCCUCGUUCGCUUUUGGUGGGAAGCUGGUAUCUUUGGAGAACAUGAAGCCGAACCCUCAGCAGCCCACUGCUCACGUCGUUCACGUCAGCCAGGUCGUUACAGAAACAGCCUUCCUGCAGCGCUCGGAGCAGCUGCAGGCGACUCUGAGCGCCGGAGGCUUCGUGGAUUUCUGCCAGGAAAAGAUCGACGCGGCUGCAAAUGAGUUUGAAAAGACUCUGUGGUCCUUCCUGAAGGCUAAUUUUGAAAGUGACGUUCGCAGCAAAUACCUGGAACUUCUGGGGUACAACAAAGAGGAGCUAGCCUUAAAGAUUUCUGCAGCACUAGAGGAAAAACCUGCCGACCCUCCGCAGGUGGAGGCGCCUGCUCCUCCAGCCGUCCUGCAGCCUUUACCGGAGCUCAGCUUUGUGCCUCCUGCUGACACUCCUGAGGCAGCGUUCGACCUGAUCGCUGCUGCCAACCCUCACCAAGAAGCCACACUGGACCUGGACUCCACUCCCGAGGCAGCGUUCGACCUGAUCGCUGCUGCAAACCCUCAACCAGAAGCCACACUGGACCUGGACUCCACUCCCGAGGCAGCGUUCGACAUGAUCGCUGCUGCAAACCUUCAGCCAGACGCUGCACCAGAGCUCGACUCCACUCUUGACCCAGAGACCGAAGAGCCAGCAGCAGCAGAUCCUGAGGACGCAGCGACCAACGAACUGGAAGAAAAUGUGGACUUAGUUCUCCCUGAGGAAGAGGAGAUCCCCUUGGAGGAGGAGACAGUGGCGCCAGUGGAGGAGGAGGCCAGUCCUGCUGAGACUUUGGCUCCAGUUGAGCAGCCCACCGAGGCUCCAGAACCAGAACUUGCUCCAUCUCCGGCUCCAGCUCUGGUUCCGUCUCCUUCCCCUGCUCUUGUUCCGUCUCCGUCUCCAGCUCCAGCUAACGCAGGAGGAGUCAGUCUCAGCAUCAGUCAAGAUGUGGACGGGCUGAUCACUCAGGCUCUGCUGACCGGAGACUUUGAGGGGGCCGUGGAGCUCUGUCUCCAUGACAACCGGAUGGCAGACAGCAUCAUCCUGGCCAUCGCCGGAGGAGCCGAGCUCUUAGAGAAAACCCAGAAGAAGUAUUUCACCAAAACACACAGCAAGAUAACCAAGCUGAUCAGCGCCGUGGUGAUGAAGGACUGGCACGACGUCCUGAACACGUGCGAGCUGCAGAACUGGAAGGAGGCGCUGGCUGCCGUCAUGACCUACGCUCAGCCCGAGGAGUUCUCCUCCCUCUGUGAUGUCCUCGGGGACCGACUGGAGGCAGCAGAGGACGCCCAGCUGCAGGCUCAGGCCUGUCUGUGUUACAUCUGUGCCGGAAAUGUGGAGAAACUGGUGUCUUGCUGGACCAGAGCGCAGGACGGACGGUGUCCACUGUCUCUCCAGGACCUGGUGGAGAAGGUGGUGGUGCUGCGUCGGGCCGUGGAGCAGACUCAGCGCUCGGGUCCGGCUGCUAUCGGCGUCCUGCUGGCUGAGAAGAUGAGCCAGUACGCCAACCUGCUGGCCUCCCAGGGCAGCCUGUCCACCGCCAUCACCUACCUGCCUGACAACACCAACCAGGUUGCCGUGCAGCAGCUCCGGGAGCGUCUCCGUCGGGCUCUGGGGCAGCAGCCGGAGGCUCCGGCAGCUCCGGCACAAACCCAGAGAGCUCGGCCUCAUCAGCCCGGCCCGACUCAGGCUGCUCCCCGCCAUCCGUUCACCCCGAUCCAGCCCGUCAUGGUGCCUCAGCCCCCCGCGGCAGCUCCAGCACCCGUUCCUGCACCGGCUGCCUCGGCGCCAGCUCAGCCGCAGUAUUACCAGCCAGUGAGGGCUGCCUCCACUGUCACCUCCUGGAGUAACCAAACUCCCACAGCCCUCCCCACUGUCCCUCCUCCUCUUCAGGACCAGCAGGUGGAGCAGUCAAACCCGAUGUACGGGAUGCCUCCCGCCGGCUCAGCUGCUGCACCUCAACCCUCCUCCACUCCUGCUUACAUGUUCUCCCAUCAGUACCAGCCCUACCCCCAGGUCAGCCAGUACCCACCUGGAGCUGGUGGGGUGUCAGUCUAUCAGCCUCUUCAGUACUCCUCCUCUGCUGCUGCUCCUCCUCCUGCGGAGCCUCCUGGCUUCCUCUCUCAGUACACUCAGCCCGUCCCCUCUCAGCCGCCACCUCCGGUCUAUCCCGGACAGCCUCCUAUCAACCAGUGCCUGUCCUCCUCUGCUCCUCCUUACUUUCCAACCUCCUCCUCCUCCUCCUCCUCUUCCUCCUUCUCCGCUCCGCCGUCCUCCGGAGCAUCUUUCCAGCAUGGCGGUCCAGGAUCUCCUGUGUCGUACAUGCCUCCUCCUCCUCCUCCAGCAGGCGGAGUCUCAGGUACACAGCUUGAGUCCGACCCCGGGCUGAUCCCCGCCUCCCAGAGAACAGGACCUCAGAACGGCUGGAACGACCCUCCGGCUCUGAGCAGAGCGCUGAAGAAGAAGCCGGUGCAACAGACCUACACCCCUCCUGCCCCCAUCACCUCUCCCAUCAUGGCUCCACUGGGCGCCGACCCUCAGGCCCAGCCGGUGCCCUCGGGGGCCCCUCAGGCCAUGAUCCAGGGCCCACAUGGUGCCCAGGUCCCUUACUCAGGCAUGCAGCAGCAGCAGCAGCAGCAGCAGUUCUCCCCUCCACCCAUGAACCCUGCGAUGCCCAAGACCAGCAUGGAGGGAGCACCAGGAGCUCCGACAGGAGACGUUAUACAGCCUCUGCAGUCGAUCCCCGCUGAGAAGAUCAUGAAGAAGCCCAUCCCCGACGAGCACCAGGUCCUGAAGACCACCUUCGAGGGGCUGAUUCAGAAGUGCUUGGCUGUAGCUACCGACCCCCAAACUAAGAGGAAGCUCGACGACGCCAACAAACGUCUGGAGGCGCUCUACGACAAACUCAGAGAGCAGACGCUCUCUCCCGCCAUUGUCGGAGGUCUUCACAACAUAGCCCGGAGUAUAGAGUCCAGAUCCUACACGGAGGGCCUCAACAUCCACACCCACAUAGUCAGCAGCAGCAACUUCAGCGAGACGUCAGCCUUCAUGCCCGUUCUCAAGGUGGUGCUGACACAAGCCAACAAACUGGGAGUCUGACCGGGCAGAAAAAUCCCGAACUCCUCCGAGCCGUCGAUCGGUGGACGGGCGGAGAGGGACCGGUCGGGGGGGGGGGUCCAGCUCAUUUCACAGGAAGCCGCAUUUGACGAAGAACUCCGAGAUGUACGAAAAUCCUGUUAAAUUCUUCUACGUGCCAUUCAUCUUCUCUGACGCAACUCAAACACAAGCCAUGCUAUGAGUUGCACGCAGUGGUGAAAGUAAAUCCUGAGUGCAACAAAGAAAGGGCUCCAGACUCCACCGUAACAUACCGACAAGUUGAACCAAACAUGUGUUUUUAAUGUAAACUGGAAGUGGAUUCAUGUUUGAGAAUUUAAUGAAUAUGCAAGAAUUGCUUUGAAAAUCUCCAAACUGGUGAUCAGAAGUUUCAUCGUGUUGAAAGAACCUAAUUUAUAGAGCGGUGUUGAUCAGCAGUGACGACAAAGAACCAGGAGAUUCAGGAAUAUUAAGGGCAUUUGUCCGUACUCGUGUUGAGAUUAUCAAAAUAAAUGUAGUCAGUAAUGAGGCUGAUCUGACCCUGAUGUAAACAUCCAUCCUGAGUGAUCCGAUCCGAAAGAACGUAAGGCAGAACAUUUGCUGAAUUUUCAAGAAGGUCCAAAUAAUGAAGAAUUUGUCAGAGACCGCUUUUCACAAGGUUUAUAAAGUGUCUCCAAACUCUACAACUCACUAAAUUCUGCACUUUUUCAAGGGAGUCUGGGGACUUUGACCUUGGGUGACAACCAAGUGCCUAUACUGGUUACUGUUCAUUGUAUUCAUAACAUUUUACAUGUUUAGCAUCAAUAUAAUGUCUUCUUUCAUAAAUUGAGUGUAAAUGGUGAAAUCAGUGUAAACACAUGUUGGCAGGUAUGAUUCACUUUAGACAUAGAAGCAGAAUCACCUUCUUGUUUGAUAAUUUGACUAACUGACAAUUUUUAGAAGCAAACAAACAAAUUCAUGUUUUGCAUUUAUGCCAAAUUAACAAGAAGGUAUGAAUGACUGUGAAUUAGUUGAAGUCACUGAGGAAAGUUUGUUAAAUUUCUCCUUAUUCCUAAUAAUUCUUACAAUUACUCAAAUUGUAAAGGGAGGCUGGUAUAUGAAGUGUCUUACAUUGUUGUUGUAAGACACAAAAUUUAGCAUUUACACUUAAUAUUUGAGAGGUGGCAACAUUUAACAUCAAACAUAAUUAAUUAUAGGCUACUUCUCUGUCACCUGUGGAAAACGUCCCCAGACUCCCUUAAAAAAUUGCACAAUUUAGUGAGUUGUUGAGUUAUGAGGAACUUUAUGAAUGCUCUGAAACUCUGCUCUGACAAAUCCUGAACUAUCUGGGCCUUCUUGUAAAUUCGGCAAACAUGAUACAUGCAGUUUGUGUCUGUUAGUCCCAGUGAUGUACGGGGUUAUUUGGUCUACCAGGUGUGAACUUACAGACUCAGAUCUGUCCCCUUGUGAUCGAAUCCCUCAGGACGGAUGUUGAGAGCAGCUCUGAUGAGCCUCUAAUAGAAUCAAGCCAGUCUUAAUGAAUUAGGUUUUAAUAGCAGCAUGCGUUUUUUUGCUCCCGACUGCUUUAUCAUGCAAACAGCAAUCAUUUAAGAAAUAUAAGCUUGUUCAUCUUUAUAGUCUUUUAAUGUUUGUGCACUACAGCAACGCUCAGAUACGUUAUAAUCCACGAAUGUGUAGAAUUUUACAGAAUCUGGCUUUAUUUUGACUUAUAAAUGCAUCAUCGCCUGCAUGCAUUUCGCAGUAGACCUGCGAAUGAGGCUACAGAGAAACACAGUAACAAAAAGUUAGAUGAGAAUAUGAAUUAAUUCAAACACAGGCUUCCUCAUUUAAAGAAGCUUUAAUGUUCGGAGCUCAGUUUUACUUCAGCGUGCCUGUUGUGACGUCUGAUAGUUCUUUUUACUUUCACCACUGGUGUCACUACAUACAACACGUUGGACCAAGAUGAUACCAGUGUGUGGGAUACGUCCCAUCUGUGGAGGACGUUUGAUGUUGUUUUAUUUCUUUUUCUUUACUGUUUUUUUUUUGUUUGUAUUUUUCUCUUGUCUGUGUAAUCACGAGGCUCCAGCAGAGUGCAAUGGACUUUUGGAAAAAAAAGAGAGACUGUGCUUUUAUGAAUUUUAAAGUAUGCAUGCUUAAACAAACGCUAACAGUCUUCUUUAAUGGCAUUUGGGGUUAAUUAUGCGCUAAUUAAUCAGACCUCAGAGGGAGAGUGGAAGAAGACUUGUACUUGAUUUUCAUUCCAGCAGCGAUGAUGAUGAUGAAGAUGAUGAUGAUGAUGAUGAUGAUGAUGAUGGCUGUAGUCAGAGUGGUCAACCUCGCUUUAUGUUGUUAAUAAAGGAAAACAAGUCUUUGUUUUGGAUUGACUACAUGCAAUAUUUUCAAUAAAUAGUAUUUAUUUACAAUA